ACUCAAGUACUUGAAACAAACUAGUAAUCGGUGAAGAUGAAAGAAGAAUUCUCAUUUCUAAUAUGGGAAAAACUCUCAACACACAACAUCAUGUGUGGCGUGACUUAAUCUCUUAUUGAAACUGCUACAAUAUUUUAAUAGACUUCAGAGUAUCUAAUUCAAAUCAAUUGAUCGGAGUAAAACGGAAGGCAAUAAUUAUAUUUGGUAAAAUCACACUAUUACAUUAUCGAUGUGAGAGAAUAUUUCAACACACACUGCUAGAAUGCAAUGUGCACGGGGUGGUGUACUAUACACUUCUUUCUUAAUUAUACUCUAUCCCAUAUAAGUGUAUUGAAAGUACUAUUACAUUUACAUAUACAGCCCAACUGAGCAUUCUCUCUCUCUCUCUCUCUCUCUCUCUCUCUCUCUCUCUCUGUGCAACUUUGCAAGAGAGAGUAGGGUGUGUGGGAGAUUUUGAUGAAGCCUAUGCGGACUUGGGUCACAAUUGGUGAUGGAGAGAGCAGGAUGGAAGCCAAACGAUGAUCAUCAUCAGAUAACUCCAAAUUGUCCCCGGUGUGGUUGUUCCAACACCAAGUUUUGUUACUACAACAACUAUAGCUUAACUCAACCAAGGUACUUCUGCAAGGGCUGUAGGAGGUACUGGACCAAGGGUGGGUCCCUCAGAAACGUCCCGGUAGGAGGCGGCUGCCGGAAAAACAGAAGAGGGUCCAAGUCAUUAAGGCUAUCCACCACUGCCACAGGCACAGAAGGUCAUGUUCAUCAAUCUAAUAAGAGUACUAGUAAUUUGGGUAGUUAUGGGGGUACUGUUCACAAUUCAUUUGGCAGCAAUGUAAUUAUGAACAACUCAUUGGGUGAUUCCACAAGCUCCUCAGUAAGUCAAGAUGGUUCAAGUAUUGAUCUUGCACUUGUUUAUGCAAAUUUCUUGAACCAAAAGCCAGACGAUUCGAAUAGCACUGGAUCUGAUCAUCAGCUGCCAGAAUUACCUAGUGAAUUCGAUCCAGCUGCACUAGAUUUUUCAAGCAUGGCAUUGAACAUGAACAAUGCAAGCUCAGGAGGCAACAUUAGUAGCAUUCAAUUAAUGGAAGAUCAUCAAAAUGGUCUUGUUGGGUCACUUGGAUGCCACACUGAAAAUUGUAGCACCAAUGAACUCAUGUACUUUGGUGGAUUGGACCCAUUAAUUCAUCAUCAUGAGAAGCAUCAUCAUCAAAUUCAAGAUGCAAGUGAUUUUGGGUUGCCACCAAUAUUGCCAGUAGGCCAAGAGGAGGCAUUGUGGUCUACUUCUCAAAUGAUGGCUCAUGCAAGUCAUACUAUGCAAGCUGCUACACCACUACUAGGUGGAAGGCCAGAAGCUCAUGAUCCAAACCUCUUAAUUGGUAGUUGUUGGAGCCCAUUUGAUUUGCCAUGUAAUGAAACUUUCUCCAGGACUUGA